UAAAUGAUUUCACGUGUUACUCGUUUGAUAAGGCUUGUACGAGAAUAAUAACUAUAAUUUAAAAUUUGAAAAUUUUUUAUUGGUAUCCUCUGCACAAUGAAAAAUCUAAAACUACACAAGUCUUGUGUGACGCGUGUCGAACAAUUAAAAGAUGCAACAUCGGCCCUGAUUAUUAAUAAUUGUGAGUUUUGUUAUGCUUCCAAUUGUGCUGUUUGGCGUUUACACAUAAAUGAUCAACCUCAACUAGUAGUUGACUUAUCGAAAACAGGAAUUUACUCAGGCAACGAAGAUAUUAAAAUAUUGUCUUAUGUGUACAAUGCACCGUGGGAUUCGUUUGUUGUUGGUUGUUCUAAUGGUGAUGUAUUGUUAAUACAUGAGAAUAUUGCCGAAGUUGCAUAUACAUGCGAAGAUGCAGUUGUUGACAUAUUAUGCAGUCCAGAUGCUGAGCGUUUUAUUAUAUUGACCAAACAAAAUCAUGUAACUCUAAUGACCGAGUGUUUUGAAGUCUUGAAAAAUUUCAAUAUUGCUGAGGUAACUCUUGCUGAAAAUAAACUGGUCAAUGUUGGCUGGGGUAAAAAAGAAACUCAAUUUCAUGGAUCAGAAGGAAAAGAUAAAAGAGUGGUUAAAGAAGUUAUUGGAGAUGGUGAUGAUGCAGAUGACUCAAUAAAUAUUUGUUGGAGAUCUGAUGGCCUAUUGUUUGCAAUUGGAUUUUUUAAUAAAGUAACAAAUUUAAGAUCUAUAAAAAUAUUCAAUAAAGAUGGAGUUCUACAGAAUAUAAGCGAACCUCUUUCAGGAGUACAAGCUGUUUUAAGUUGGAAAACUACUAAAGAACUAAUAUCAUUUCCUCAGCACUCAAACGGAGUAUAUUCUAUUAGUUUUAUGGAAAAAAAUGGACUUAAACAUGGAGAAUUUGCAAUUCCAUCUACCAUCAAUGUAAAACAGUUAAUGUGGAACCAUGAUUCUUCAAUAUUGUGUAUUCAAUGUUUUGAUUCUAAUAAUAAUUAUUUAUUAUUUUUAUCAUGCACUAACUAUAAAUGGCAAAUUAAAAAAUGGAUGACAAUUGAACACACAAUAAUUACAGCUAAAUGGUUUUCAGACAACAGUUUACAAUUAGUUACCUCUAAUGGUGUUUAUUACACUCUACAUUGGACUGACACUUUGUGUAAAUCCAGUCCAGGAACUCUAGAUUGGAUUGCUGUUAUAGAUAAUUGUUCAGUAUUAUUAACACCAUUCAAACAAGUUAUUAUACCACCUCCAAUGUUUGAUGUGAUGUUAAUCCUUGACUCUCCUGUUGAUAGUGUUUUAUAUUUACCUUAUGAUUCAAGUAAAAAUGGAAAUGAUAUUUGUGUCAUCACUAAUGAUAGGAGUGUUCAUUUUUAUCAGUAUAGAGAAGGAUCGUACAUCAAAAAUAAAACUAUUAACAGUUUGCCAAACAUGACUGGAUUAGUAAACCAUUGGUUUUGGUUAAAUGAAAAUACCCUCGCAUUUAGUUUAUCAGAAAUUGGGGAUAUUCAUCACCUGUGUGUUGCUAAAAUUGAUAAUGAUUUCAAAGACAUAACUAAGUACAUUGUGGAAAAAUCUGUUGUUGGUAUUUUGAACCAUAAAAAUGGAGCUCUAAUUCAAUUAUCAAAUGGACAUGUAUUAUUGUGGAAUGAAGAGAUGGAUCAAAUUGAUUCUUAUCUUUAUUUGCCCGAAGAGUGUACAUAUACAAGUAUAAUGAACAAUAAAAUAUAUGCUCUUGGUGUAUCAAAAAGACUUUUUGAAAAUGAUAAAGUGAUUCUACACAAUGUAGGAUCAUUUUGUAUUCGUUAUCCAUUUGUGUUAGCUGCCACAUUGAAUGAAAGGCUUAUAGCGCAUAAUGUACAACCUACCAAAGAUAUUGGUGAUCAAUAUCAACGGCGAGUUGAAUCUGGGUCAAGAAUUUUAACAGUAACUGGUAAUUCAGUUAUACUACAAUUACCAAGAGGUAACUUAGAAACAAUUAGACCAAGACCUCUAACAAUUUUGUCAGCUGUUGAACUUCUUCGAGAAAGAAAAUAUUUUGUAGCAUUUGAUCUUCUACGUAAGGAACGUAUAAACCUUAAUGUAAUAUGUGAUUUAGAUCCUUUAAAGUUUAUUGAGGAUUUGAAUGAAUUUGUCGUCCAAAUAAAAGAUUCAUCUUGGAUAAGUUUAUUUAUUACUGAAUUAGAAGACAAAAAUUAUUUGAACACUGUUUAUGCUUCUCAGUUCCAACAAAAUAAAGUAAAAGAAUUAAAUAAUAAAGUAUUCACUGUGUGUUCACAUUUAAUGAAUAUGUUAAACAAACUUGAUACAAACAAAUAUGCUUUUCCAUUACUUGGAUGUUUUGUUAAAUUAAAACGUUUUGAUUUAGCUUUAAAUCUUGCAUCUCUAAAUAAUGACUAUUUAAAGCAUUUACUAUUUUUAGUGGAUGUAGACAAAUUAUACAAAGCCUCACUUGCUGAGUAUAAUUUAGAAAUGGCUAUGAAAAUUAUAAAUAAUUCACAGCUUGAUCCAAAAGAAUAUGUACCAUUUUUAAGAGAAUUAGAAAAAAUGGAAUAUCAUUACAUGCGUUUUACAAUUGAUGAUAAAUUAAAAAAUAAAGAAUCAGCCAUAAAAAAUUUAAUUCUUUGUGGAGGACAAUUUGACGAUUGUUUAAAAUAUAUUAUUGAUAACAACCUUUAUUCUUAUGCAUUAACUUUAUUCAAUAAAAAUCAAAAUGAGUAUAAAGUAAUCGCAAAAUAUUUUGGCGAUUUUUUAUAUUCUAAAAUUGAUUACAAACAGGCCGCAUUAAUGUAUAAUCGAAGUACUGAACGUAAUAAAGCUGUUGAUUCUUAUUUAAAAGCGGGAUUUUGGAAAGAAUCUAUAGAGCUGUCUUAUGAACUAAAUUUUGAUGAUGCUGAAAUGAAUCUAAUUAGAAAAAACAUUUUAUCCAUGUUAUCAUCAACACAAAAAUUUAAAGAAGCUGCAGAUUUUGCUGAAUUUGAGUUGAAAGAUACUAAAUUAGCUGUAGAAUAUUGUAUAAAAGCUCAAGAUUAUAUUCAUGCACUGUAUUUAGCUCGAUCCAGAUCAAUACUUGAUAUAAAGUUAGAAAAUCUUAUAAAGUCAACUUGUUUAAGCACUGCUCAAAAUCUUAUUUCUGAGAUUAAUUCACAAAAUGAUACUUUUGUUACAUUAGUGAAACGUUUAAUUGAAGUUAGAAAUGAAAGUUCUAGUGUAUCAAUCACCUAUGAUAACUUAAAUGAUACAAGUUCUGAAAUUAGUAGUGUUUCAUCUUAUCGUUCUUCAAGUACUCGCACUAGCUGCAGAAGUGCUCGAAAACAACAACGUAAAAUGUGGAAUUUGAAAAAAGGCAAUUUUCGAGAAGAACCUACUAUUGUUUUGACUUUGAAACAAAUAAUGGAAAAAAUUGAAAAAUUGAUAGAUGAUGUAAAAAAUAUCUGUGUCUUACUUGUUAAAUUAGAAGAAUUAAAUAUUUGUUGUGAUCUGCAAACGGCAAUGGAAUCUUUUCAAACUACCAUACUUAAUCAUAAGUCUAUUGUUUGGCCUAUUUUUAAUGAAAUUGAACAAAUUAUUGAAGAUGCUAUUCUUUUGAGUCCUUUGAAAAUUGUACCAGAUAAAAGUUGGAAACUAUCCAUAUUGGAAUAAUAUUUUCAUCAUAAUGUCUUAUAAAUAUAUACUUUUCGUUAAUAUUUAUAU